AAACUUGGGAGUAUGUAAUAAGGGCGAGGCUUAUUUUGGUCGGUUCCUGUCCGUGAAUCAGCUCUCUGAUUCCCCGUAGCGAUCAGUCGGCGCGCUACAAUUGUCAGUUUGGUUAGUGUGCCGCUUUUUGAGAUUUUGUUUUCGGCUCCAUGUUGAAGUUUUUUUUUUUUUUUUUUCUCCAGACUCCCGUAGCCGCGUUCACUCUCUCCACACAGAUACAGUGCACACGCAGACACACACGCAGAGCUCUCGCCUGAUUUGCACCAGCGUGGGUCAUUUCAGGUUAAACCCUGGCGCUGUGUCCCAUUCACUUUAGCCGACGGAGAUCGACACUGGUUCCAGUUGAGGAGGAAUGCACGGGCACUGGGACUCCAAAUAAUAUUUGGAUACGAGCUUCGUCUUGCAUAUGCGGUGUUUCUCCCGGGGAGCUCAGCGGCUCCUCAGCGCUGCCUGGAGUCAGACUUCACCACUUCCUCUGGUAGGUAGGUUCCCAGAUGUCUGAGGAGGCUCUGAGGAUGACGUCUCGGCCUUGAACCCCACCAGUAUGUCAGAGCCAGCAGAAAAUUGCUCCCCCCGCUGGAAAGAUGAGGCCAUUCAAAAUGGGUACAUUCCAAGUUACCUGGACAAGGAUGAGCUAUGUGUAGUGUGCGGGGACAAAGCCACAGGCUAUCACUAUCGCUGCAUUACCUGUGAAGGUUGCAAGGGUUUCUUCAGGCGGACGAUCCAGAAGAACCUCAACCCAACCUACGCGUGUAAGUACGAGGGGAAAUGCAUCAUCGACAAAGUGACCAGAAACCAGUGCCAGGAAUGUCGCUUCAAGAAGUGCAUCGCGGUGGGGAUGGCAACAGAUCUGGUGUUGGACAACAGCAAGAGGCUGGCCAAGCGGAAGCUAAUCGAGGAGAACCGGGAGCGCCGUCGGCGGGAGGAGCUGCAGAAGACGGUGUGGGACCGACUGGAGCCCACCCAGGAGGAGUGGGACCUCAUCCGUAUGGUGACUGAGGCCCAUAUGUCCACAAACGCGCAGGGCAACCACUGGAAGCAGAAACGGAAAUUCCUGGUCGAGGAAGCAAUGCUUCUUAAUGAAAUAACAUGUAAUUUAUUCUAUACUUCUGACCAGAGUGCAGCGGGGGUGAAGGAAACUAAGCCUGAGGAUAUUGGUCAAGCGUCCAUGGUCAAUGCACCAGAAGGAAACAAAGUGGAUAUAGAAGCCUUCAGUCAGUUUACAAAAAUUAUCACCCCUGCCAUAACCCGAGUGGUGGACUUUGCCAAAAAACUGCCUAUGUUUUGUGAGCUGCCUUGUGAAGAUCAGAUCAUCCUGUUGAAAGGCUGCUGCAUGGAGAUCAUGUCACUGCGAGCGGCGGUCCGCUAUGAUCCCGAGAGUGAGACCCUCACGCUCAACGGCGAGAUGGCGGUCACGCGAGGACAGCUUAAGAACGGAGGCCUCGGCGUGGUCUCGGACGCCAUCUUCGAUCUUGGCGUGUCGCUGUCCUCUUUUAACUUGGAUGACUCCGAGGUGGCUCUUCUACAGGCCGUCAUCCUGCUCUCAUCUGAUCGGCCGGGCCUGAGUAGCGUGGAGCGAAUCGAGCGCUGCCAAGAGGAGUUCCUGCUCGCCUUUGAACAUUACAUCAACUACCGCAAACACAAAGUGGCGCAUUUCUGGCCCAAGCUGCUAAUGAAGGUGACGGACCUGCGGAUGAUCGGCGCCUGCCACGCCAGCCGAUUCCUCCAUAUGAAAGUGGAGUGUCCCACCGAGCUAUUCCCUCCUCUCUUCCUGGAGGUCUUCGAGGACUGACCAAUGGAUUUUAAGCGUAUGUGUGUUUGCGUGCAUGUAUGUGUGUGAAUGUGUUGUGUGCACAUGCGUCAGCGCCCCGGGAACCCUGGUGGUCUCAGGGUCGGAACCAGCAGAAGGCCCGUCACAAAUGAACUUUCUAUUAGCACUACUGAGUGUCACUUCAUUCCAUAGUUUAGGAGUAGCUCUCUGGUCUAGUUUUGUAUGGAACCAUUCCUUACAGUGCGGGUACAUGUGAAUAGCAUUUUGUUCUUUUUGUUUGUUUUGUUGUUGAUAUUGUUGUGGAUAUAACCUCUCACCUCGGAUUUUACUCUAGGUUUUUUUUUUGUGUGUGUCGAUGAUUGUACAGUUGGCAUAAUGGUGGUUUUAUCAACACGUGUUCAUUCAGUAGAAACCAUGCAGAUGUUCUAUUUUCCUUCCAAUAUGUUGAAAGACUCAAACUGGCUGCUCACUUGAUGCACAAAACAAAGACAUUGUUAGCUAUCCCGUUAGCAUUUUCCUCCCACCUGCUCGCCUAUAUCUGCUCCAUUUGUUGGUUGAUAUUAACUACCAUCCAUCCGGUGCGUCUGAACCCGCUCGGUUUCUCACCGUCUUUACAUUAACAGCAUCACUCAUAGCUUGUUGAGCCUGUGUGAGUCUCUGGGUUACCACACAAAACAAGUUGUAACGCUGCGUUCCGGACUAAAAACCUGAAUUUUAGCAACACGACAGCAACGCAAAGCGGAACUCUGAGUCGUCAAACAUGAACUUCUCUGAGGUCUCGUUACUGGACGUCACAUCUACAAAGCAGCAAAGAAAUGUUGACACUACACGACAAUGAUGAUCAACUCAAUUGUAAUCUGAAAACAAAACAUUUAUCAGUGACCAUAAUUCUGUCCGGUUCUUCUCUUUGUUGUUGCUGUUAGACUGAAAUAAAACUCGACAGUAUUCGCUGGUGCACUUUGACAGCACAUUGGGGCCAUGGCAGAAGAAAAACAACCCUUCAAAUGAAUCAAUUUAAUUGGGAUAAUACUUAGUUAAAGGAAGAGUGUACGACUUUUUGAUCCAGUAGAUGUCGCCCUUGAGCACCAGCAUGAAACUAAACCAAACUGCUGUUUGGCCACACCUCCGCUAUUCUGAAGCCUCCGCUCUCCUCCAGCGGCACACCUCCAACCCCCUCUCCACUCGCGUUCACACAAUGGAGCUAUCAAUUAGUACGCACCAUUAAGCUGAAGUGGCGGACAAAAUUGUCCUUUGCUCGAGCUGCAAUUGGCUGUGUCCUGCAUUGUUGUGUUAGCAUGCUAAUGUUAGCACACUUUGGUUAACGCUUAGCUUCAUAUUGCACAUAAAUUGCUACAGAAUGACCGAGAUCUAAAGAUACUUACAAACUGCUUUAUACCCGUCCAGGUAAACAUGAUGUAUAGACAGCCUGACAACUGUACAGCCAGCGGGACUCUCACUCCUCCCUCAUUGUAGACAGUCAUGACUCAGAAAGACAUUUACACAGGAUUUACUUAAUUUCUGCUUUAUUUAUGUGCAAAAUGUCGCACAUUCUUCCUUUAAACUUAUAUUUCUGAGUUCAUACGGUAAAAUACUUGUUGUUCUUGACGAGAGCAUCUACCAAAUGAAUGUGAAGAAAGUUUUUCUUACCCCACAGUCGAAACUUUUCUCUGUCUUGAAGAAAAAAACAUCUACUAAUUCAGAAGUAUAUUACGUUUUCAGAGCGUAGUUUUUUUUCAAGUUUAAAUAAUUUGUCACACUAAUAAGCUAAAUUCAUAACCUCACUGUGACAUAUCACAAUGGCAGGAAGAAAUCGAGAGAAGAACGUGAAAUUUCAAGCUAAUGAUUUGUUUCCAAAGGGCUUCCUCGUAGAGAUGAACUCAGAUUUGAGACAAAAAGGCAAAUAUCAUAUUUAAUGAAGUGUUGAUGCUUGUCACAUGUGUGACAUUAAGCAUAUUUUUUAACAGAGAGUUUCUACCCAGACUCUGAAAUAAAGGGCAAAACUGCAUACGCAAUAAAUUGUAAAUAGUUGAUUGGCUAAAAAGUGAUUGGCAUUUUACAAGCAAAAAUAUAAUCCUCUUGGUUUGUUCUGCUUUCCUCGUCUGACGGGUAAUUACAUAGCCUGUAUUUCUUAUUUGAAGGGUUGGUAGGUUAUUUGACGACAUCCUUAUCUUUAGGAAAAUGUCCCUUUUACAGACAAACAUAAAAAAAAUUUAGAAAAACUUCUGCAGAUCAAUCCAAUAUUAUUGUAAAGCUUGUGGUUUGGGUUAUGAUUCAGUCUAUUGUGAUUCAUCGUCAGGUUUAAAAAAGGUGAUAUAUUGUCAUAUAUCAGUCCAAUUGUACAGAUAUAUUUCUCUGAAGGAACAAACAAUACGCAUGAAAGUUAAGUUCACUGAUAUCACAGGAACAUCCAACACCAUAUCACUACUCUGUUGGUUAAUUUAAACAAGGAAGUCUAUUUACAUGUGUUUCAUAUUAAAUAUGAAUACAGUGUUAGUGAGAAUCAGUACAGUAUUACAAAACAUAAUAUUGAGAUAUUGUGUGUAGAAACAUCUAACGACCCUUAUAAUGUAAGUCAGGUGUUGCAAAUUUGACUCCUUCCAUGGUCCUAAUGCUCUGUCUUAUAAAAGUUCUUGUGUUCUUUUCUUUAAAACUGGACUGCUGGGGGGGGGGAGUUGUUAAAUUUUUAUUUGCUGAGGAUUUAGGAUUUCUGACAUUCAAAGGAACGCAGCAGUAGCAUCACCGUGAGCUUGUUCAUCAUUCCCAGAGAGCGGACAGGACUAACUAAAAGCACAUAAUGACACUGAUGUCAGGACAAGACAAUCAUGUAGUACUCGUGUGUUGUGAAACAAUGCCACGUGCUGUGCCAAAACCAAGUGAAUGAUGCCCUCCUUAUCGUAUCCCUGCCGGGUGCUCAUAGCGAUACCAACACUUGACUGAUUUACGCUAGUUAGUGCAUGCAGCUCUCGACAGAGUCAUCCCUCUGUCUCGUGCUCUUGUCCGUGUUAGCAGCUCCUACAUCAGUUCUAAAUGUCAUCUCGGACAUGUGGCCUCCCUCACUUGUCCAACACAUGAUGAUUUUAACCUUCUUUUUUUCCCCUGUUUGUUAUCAUCUCCCUGAAAAAAAAACAUGAGUGGAUGUUGAAACAGUGACGUCAUGGUGCUACGGUGGGUUUUGGGAAACGGCAGAUUGAACUGUAAUGUAAAGUUACAAGCAGGAGAAGAACAUGAUCUGUUGUGUAACAGCCCACCACCCUCUUAUGAUGGCAUGCAUAUACACUAACACACAAACAUGCACAUACACAGUGCAUACCUGUACACAUACUGUACACAUGCAGAGGUAUGCAUGUGCCUGGAUCAGAUAUGGGUCAGACCCCACCACUGUGACCAACUGGUGGGAUUUGGAGGCCAAGUGUUGGCCAGUCCGACAAAAAAAGAAAAAAAAGGAAAAAACAGUAUGAUUUAUCAUCAGCGAGGUACACUGAGGAAGCUGGUGAGAUUGUGAAAACGUAGCGCUCUCUCCUUUCUUUUAUUUUAGCCGGUAUGUUCUCUCUCUCUCUUUUUUUUUUGUUGUUGUUCUGAAAGCCUCUCUAUGGUAUUGUCGUUUGCAAUGUGACAGACAUUUGCUUUGUAUAUCUCGCUUUUUCAAGCUUCACACUACUCCUCGGAAAAAAAAAAAAAACUGCUUGUGUUUUAUUUCUUUCUCUUUUUUUUUCUUUCUGUGAAGUGAUGCCUUUUUAUCAAAGCAAUAGACUUGCUGCAGUGUUUGAAUGACCCGGACCUCACACACACACCUCGCAAAACUGUACAGACUCAAAAUAAAUGCACAGACAAUCAGAGGGAGAGAGAUGGAUAAAGGGGGAUGGGGGCGGAUGGCACCCAGGCUCAGACAGGGCCGGCGGACACGUAUAGGGCUGGACUGUGCUGAGCCAGAGCCAUUUGGAAAAGUAACAUUGGCUAUGUUUACAUGUACUCCUGUUGUCCUGUCGAGGUCAUAGUGUUCAGUUGUUUGCAGAUACCCUGCCUGGUUCCAUUAUAAAUCCAGAUGACAGAGUAGUCCUGGUAGAAAACUGCACAAAUUAAAAUGAUGCCCCAUUAUCUAGUACCUGUCUGCAUUUCUGUAUGAAACAUAAAUGUCCCCAAAAAAUAUGGCAGUAACAAAUUGGUAAAAUAAAAAAUAUGUGACCUCAUUAUCCCCACCAGGUGUUGGCUGCACAAACAUGCGAGUAUUUGACUGAUUUAUAAAGUCUUUAAUCUCCUCUUAGACUUAUCUUAAGGCCACUUUGAACCAAAAAGUAUCAGGAACUAAACUCAGGAACUUACUAAGGACCUUAAAAAGUCCCCUUGGCGCAUUUGCGUUUCCCACUGCAUCCGUAGAAACCGUGACGAUCAGACCAGCAAAUUUUACAAGCAUGACUGACCUUUAAGAGGGUAAUGAGAGGACAUCGCCAUCACAUGGUUGUCUUUUGUAACUCUGCAUGACUGUUAUAGGCUUCUGAACCAUAAAUAUCUCACAACAACAAUCUCACUCUUACCUCUUUUUAAAAACUUUAUGGACUUUUAGACUAGUCUCAGGAAUUUGGCUGCGUAACAUCGUUUAAAUGUCUGCAAUAUUAAAUAGAAAUGCUAACGCUAUGCUAAGGUCGGUUAUUCUAUAGCGAGAACUAUCACUUGCUUGCAGUCUGCUUGAAAUCUGUCUGGAGGUUUGUAACCAAAAUAUUUCAGACCAUUACUACAUAUACUACCUCAGGAGCAGGGCGCACAGUGGCCCAGGGAACCAACAUAGUAACAACUGUCCUAAGGCCGAUAUGCAAGUCAAGUUCCAGAGUUCCUGUAAAUAUUUCUGGCGUCCUGCAGAGAGAAAAAUGACAAAGUGAGAGUUGAGAUGCACAAAUAAAAAUGGAGUCAUUUAAAAACUGCAUGAAUGUUUUUUUUGGGGGGGACAAAGUUGGUUAAGGUAUUAAAAACAGAAUUAGAGCAGCUCAAGGGGAGUCAAAUUUAUCUCCAAUCUUUUACACAUAAGUCAAAGGUUCUCCAUCCUCUUAGGUUUCAUUCAUUCAUUUAUUUCAACUUAUAUCCUCAGAAAACACAUUGAAAGAGAACCCUCAUUUACACCAGGCGUUUUCAGGCAGCAGGAACUUUUUUUUAUAGUUCUGGGAACUGUUAGAACCCCUCCCGCUUUUUUUAUUGAUUCUGCACCGCAGGGACUAUGAACUAGUUUAGCUCCUAGAACCCAGUUUAGAGGAACCUUUUUAGCCCUCGCUUCAGAGUUGGUACCAUGGUGUCGAGAACGAGGAGAAAAAAAAAGUCCCCAUGGUGUGUAGUUCUCAGGGAACUCCCCAGUGGAUAGUUCCUCUUCAAAAAGUCACCAGAACUGUUUGGUCCGAAAACACCUUGUGGUGCCGAGGUACAGACAACGAUAGAGCUGGUACACAUUUAAAUAAAAUCAUCUAAGAGGGCACAAAAGAGGCCAAGAAUGAAACAAGAAAGUUUAUCAUAGGAAGAGGAAAAGGUAAUAAUUUACAAUAUAACACAUUAAAACCAUUAAAACAAUACAAAUGGUAAAGGAUAAUUAAAAUAUUACAAAGAAAGAUCAACUUCCUAAACUUGGAAUUGUCUUAGCGGUCUUAAUGUGGACAGUUUAAAGUGUUUUUGUAUUUGGGGCAUACUGAGAUCUACUUAAAUGUCCAGCAAAUCUUGAUUGAAAACCUAAACAUUUAUCUUCUAUAAGUAUUUUUAUUUCUUAACCAGAGCAAUGCUAACUUUACAUGUAAACAAGGAUGAUGAGAGAAGUAAGAGAGCUUUUUUUUUCAAAUACUUUUUCAAUUCCAUACUAUCUGUGCCAAUGACUUGUUUUUAUCCCCGUGAUUGGUGGUGUGAAUCAAAUAUUGGAUUACAAUAGCAAGUGGAAAACCAGAAGUAGGGGAAAGCUAAUCGUUAGCUUCAGUAUGUUCAAGCUAUUAUAGCGCAAUCCAAGCUUUUCAUGGGAACAACUCAAACAUGUAUCCCUGUUGGCCGCAUUAACUCUGCGUUAUCAUUAGUGGUUUACCACCAACCCACCACUAGUUCAACUAACACGAUUUAUUUUAGUUUUUUACUCCACUCCUUCUUCAUCACAUCAUGGUUUGUGGAAUAUUUUCAUCCAUCUACUCCAGUAAACUUGCAGCGAGGAUUUCUCAGAGGAACAACUCAGACUUUCUGUUUAUCAUCAGUCAGUUUAAAAUGAAAAAGAUAAGAUUAAAAAAAACCUAUGUCAAAGGUUGUUGUGAUGAGAUGGUUUUUCUGGACUUAAGAGCUCUGACACCUUUGUGGCUUUUAGAUAAGUCUAAGUCGUAUUCAGAAUCUGCUUGUGCAGCCAGCCCAGGGUUUCAAAAAAGAGUAUGAGUCACAUCUCCUACAUCCACAGUUCUUUAGAUGUUGCAUUGAAAGCAUUUCAUAUAAAGUUCAAGGCCUUGCUAGUCUCUUCAAGCAUGAUAAAGAACUUACAGCAUCUAGUGCAGCUGCCAUGCUCCCAAUUAGAUAAGUUAAAUGUGUUGUUUUUUUUUAAGAAAUUGCUCAACUAGGACGUGCACAACCAAAACUUUACCUAACCAUUUAUCAAAGUGUCAAAAAAAGUGUCAUAAAUCAGUUAUAGUUGGGGCAUUUAGUAGCAGUAUUUCAAAACAUUUUAAAAUAACACUCAACAAGUUAUGGCCUUCACAGGUUGACUUAGCUAACAUGCUAGUAAAGCUAAACCUUUGUACACACCCGCGGAGCUAAUAUUAUCACAGCGCUUUGUUUCUGGUGACCUGCUGAAUGUACGUUUAUUAUUUACUCUCCAACAAUCUUCAGUUUGGCUUUAAACAAUAGUAAAAAGCAUUGCUUCUCUGUUGUUCUUCAUUAUGCUAAGCAGCUAGCCGCUAACUUUGUCUGACUGACACCGACAGGCCUAUGUUUUGGAGGGAAAAUAGUUGAUUUAUCCAAAGUUUUGUUUUUUGGCUGAAAACUGCCAAAUGAUGAGGGAGCUGAUGGAAAAUGCCAAGGCAGGACCCAAACCCCCCAAAAGUUAUAACAAAAACAUUAGCUGAGAGAUGCUAAAAUGUCCGAAAGGUUUUAAAACCUUCUGAUGACUCCCUGUGAGUUAAUUACUGAAAGAAGAAUCCUUCAGACGUAGAAAGAGACAAAAAAUUGUGAUAUGAUAAUAAUGCCCCCUUUCUGUGUUUAAGUCAGCUUGGAUUUCAAACUAGUGUUUUAGAAUUGGUUGUGUAUUUUGUGCCUACACAUGAAAACCUUCAGACAUUCUGCUGGCAUUAAAUGUAGAUCCAGAAAGGCCGUAGGGGUGAGGGUCAAAGAUGAUCAAGUCAAAGGACAUUUGGAAAAGGGGGUGAGGAUGGCAUGCAGGAAUGGAGUCGCAGGUCAGAUUUUAACCUGGGCCGUCCACUUGGAGGACGAUAGCUUCUGUAUAGCGACUUGACUGCUAUGCCAUCUGCGCCCCAAAGUGAAGUAUUUUUUUGCUAAAAGAGGUCAUCUUACAUUUGUAAUGUGACUUUACCAAAACCAUUAUUUUAUUUCCACCAUUCAAAGUGUUUUUGGUGACUAUAUUUACCCAAAUUUUGACCAUCUUUAGUUAUAUCAAGGCGCCAACUCUGACGACUCAGAUGUUCAGGAAAAGACCGCGGUUUGGCCGAUGUUGACUCGACAUCUGGUUUAAAAUAGAACACGUGCAGACAAGUGCAUUGCAGAGCUAAAGGCAACGGAGAAGAUGAUGCUGACAUAUUAACAGGCACAAAAUAUAGUUCCAAUUAGAAAGCAGUGGUCUGAAAUUAGAACUGAUUGAGACGAAGAAAAGGGAGUAAUGUGUCCAAGUACACAAUUCUCUAUAUUAUAUACUUGGGGCUCUCACCUGAACUAUUGGGGCUGGUUAGUUAGAUAAAAUGAAUAAUAAGUGAGUCUUAAUCCCCAAAAUAAGAACAAAAUCUGAAAGUUAUUUUCAACAAACCCUUUUUGUAUUUGAUGAACCAAAUGUUUGUGGUGUUGUAGGGUUUGUGUAAAGUGGAGUUAACAGUCGUAAUGUGUCAAACUUUUGCGUCACACACCAUAAUUACUUGAAUUUUCAUAUGCACAGAUCUGUCGUUGCAUGUAAACAUAGUCAAUGCUGACUGCUGGUUCAGGAUGUUUUUUCCUGAAGAGGUGCCAGUUCACUGUUUUCUCUCUCGUGAGUUGUUACUCUUAAGGUUACUCAGUUACAAACCAAUAACAAGAGUUGCACCAUAGAAAAGCUAUUUUAACGUAUAAAGGAAAAAGGAUGUAUAUUUUCAGACUGCAGAUUUUUUUUACGGAUGUUAUGAGCAUAAAUAUGAACAUAUUGUUUUGCAUAGCGUUGGAAAAAAAAAAUACCAAUCUUGCUCUCAAAUCCAUUUCCACAUCUUCGCAAAAUAAUUAAGAGCAAGAAGUUGUGAAAAAAACACUUAAAUAAUGUAUAAUUUUAACAAUAAAUUUAAAAAAAUCAAUGGUUACUGUAGCUGGAGCUCACUGUCUGUACAAAGCAGCACAGCUACACAGGAACACGUUUCAUGACAACUUCUUGGUCAAAGUGUAACCAGUAUCAGAAGAAGUCGUUCACCAUGGACACCGAUUUCUCUCCCUGUGUGUUUGAGUGUCUUCUUGUUCAACUCAUCUGUUCAACACUUACUGGAAAACCGUCAUGGAGAGAAAGGGAGAUUAAGUGUGCUUAGGUGUUUAGGAGGAGUAAAUCUGUGGCAGCAGGAAAACAGAAGAUGACAACAUUUCUGUUCUCCAAAUCUGCUGUCUUGCACUCGGCUCUUUACUGGAACGCUUGUCCGGUAAUCAUUGUCCAGGUGUGGACGGUGCUUAUGACACGAGCGAGGAGGGAAACUCAAGAGGAAAUGAUUUUGAUGCUCAUGAUUGACGAUGAUGAUUGCAGCUAAUGUGAAUUGGCUCUUGAGAAUAAAGAUGGUUUUGAGAGAA